UGGAAUAGUGGCGUGUGCCACAUGAAUAAAGUAAUUACAAAUAAUUAUAGUUUAAUCCUUAUAUAGUUUGUUCUAUUAUAAACAUGGCUUAUAUUACACCACCAUGCAUAUAAUCUUGGUCAUUAAGCUUACCUAGCAUUGCUUUAGUACUUCCACUCAUUGAUUAGUAGAGUUUGUUGUUCAUAACUUCAAGAUUUUUGAAAAAGCCUUAGAUCAGUUUGUGUGAACAUGGACAAAAAUGAAUCUUGUGUAGUCCCUUAUGAGGACAGCUUACUCACCCAAGUUUAUAAUGGUGCAAUGAAACGGUUUAAAUGUCUACCUUCAAUGUCGGAUGCUGUCGAAAAAGCUGAAAGGGAUAUGCAAAGUAUUCUUAAAGAUAUUACAGCUGAUUCAGAUCCUGAAGUGAAAGUUAAGAUUGCCAUUCUACAGAAGGAAUUUGAGGAUUUUAUUCAAGUAGGCAAAGACUAUCUAGAAGAGUGUCUUUCGAUGGCGAAGUAUGCUGCCAAUGAGCAGCACCUUACUGAAAUCAAGGAACAAUUAGGAAGAAAAGUCUUAGACAAUCUAAAAGAGUUUAUCGAUUACCUAAGCGACUACCUAAAAAAUUGUGAUGAAUCUUUUGAAAAAUUUCGAAAAUGUAACGAAGAAAUGAGUAUCCAAAUUUCUGGUGCCCAAAAAGACUUCUCUGAUCAACACAAAGAAGCGGAAGAAAAAGCAAUUGAUGCUGUGAAGAAACAUGAGAGGGCUAUUGUCGAUAAAGACAAAACAGGAUUAAAAACCCUAUUUGAUACAGUUGGUAUUGCUAGUGUCCAAGCAGGAGCCAUGAAUGUUAUAUCACUUCAGGCAACUUUCGGUACAAGUCUCUGUAGCAUCUUCCUAUCAUAUUUAGCACAUACUAAUGAGGGAACAGCAGUCCUAGAUGUUAGGAAGCAGAAGAGAGCACGAGAAAAGAUGGAAAAGAAAGAGAAGAUAUUUCAAGACGCUUUGAACACUGUUAGCAGUUUGUGCGUGUUAGUAUUGAAUGCUGCAUCAUUCGUUGGUAAAAUUAAAUCUGGCUCUAGCCAUGUUUCGAAAGCAAUUGAAAAGAACGAAAAGAAGAGGGGAUUGAAAGAUGUUGCUGACUCCAACAAAAAGGAUUUUCAAUUCCAUGAUCUCACUAACAAAAUGGAUAGGCUACAACGAGCUGCUAGUGAAAUUUUAAAGAAAAUCGGAGAAGAUGGAACAACUCCAAUUAGCUCAAAAUCUGAUGAGCUUGUUUCGAAUACUCAACCACACCAAACGACUGACCAAGGCCAAGCAACAAUGCAAGACAUCAGGAAGACUCUAAACAUACCGUCUCAGCCGAACGGUAAUUUUAGCAGCCCCUCCCAAGAUGGCGAGACAGUUCCUCCUUUAGAAGAAGCCGAACAGGAAUUAGUUGGCCCUGAACAAGCUGAACAGGAAAUUGGUAACUCUGAACACACAGAACUAGUUGCGAAACAAUAGCUGAACCUUGAUACAUAAUUAUACAUACGGGUUUCAAAUGCAAAUGUUUAUUUUUGCUCGUUGUUGUUAUUUUGUCA